AUGAAAAUUCAAGAUUUUGCAAUGGCUGGUAGAGCGAAUGUGAUUUUGGGGAUUGGGGUAGACAUAAUCAAAAUAGGAAGAUUUAAACAUAUUUUGGUGAAUAAGAAUGACAAGUAUAUCGAGAGACUAACCCAAAGGAUUUUACAUGUUGAUCAUGAGCUACCCCAGUUCAAGAAAUUAAUAUUGAGUAAUGAGUUAAAUAAAUGUGCAAAUAUGCUUUCAGGAAGUUGGGCAGCCAAGGAGGCUGUAUUUAAGACUUUAGACCAUUCUGAUCAAAUAAAAUUUCAAUUUAAAGAGUGGUACAGAAGUAGUGAUAAACAUGGCAAACCUUCAAUCUUCUGUGAUAGAUACGACAAAAGUGAUGAAGAGUUCAUGUUAAGCAUAUCCCAUGACAAUGACAUGCUAAUAGCUAACGCGGUACGAUUACAAAGAAAAUAG